AUGUCACCUCCACACACUCCAGGUCACCUCCACACACUCCAGGUCCAUGUCACCUCCACACACUCCAGGUCCAUGUCACCUCCACACACUCCAGGUCACCUCCACACACUCCAGGUCCAUGUCACCUCCACACACUCCAGGUCCAUGUCACCUCCACACACUCCAGGUCACCUCCACACACUCCAGGUCCAUGUCACCUCCACACACUCCAGGUCCAUGUCACCUCCACACACUCCAGGUCCAUGUCACCUCCACACACUCCAGGUCCAUGUCACCUCCACACACUCCAGGUCCAUGUCACCUCCACACACUCCAGGUCACCUCCACACACUCCAGGUCACCUCCACACACUCCAGGUCACCUCCACACACUCCAGGUCACCUCCACACACUCCAGGUCCAUGUCACCUCCACACACUCCAGGUCACCUCCACACACUCCAGGUCCAUGUCACCUCCACACACUCCAGGUCACCUCCACACACUCCAGGUCCAUGUCACCUCCACACACCACUCCAGGUCCAUGUCACCUCCACACACUCCAGGUCACCUCCACACACUCCAGGUCCAUGUCACCUCCACACCCAGUCCAUGUCACCUCCACACUCCAGGUCCAUGUCACCUCCACACACUCCAGGUCCAUGUCACCUCCACACACUCCAGGUCCAUGUCACCUCCACACACUCCAGGUCCAGGUCACCUCCACACACUCCAGGUCCAUGUCACCUCCACACACUCCAGGUCCAGGUCACCUCCACACACUCCAGGUCCAUGUCACCUCCACACACUCCAGGUCCACGUCACCUCCACACACUCCAGGUCCAGGUCACCUCCACUCCAGGUCCAUGUCACCUCCACACACUCCAGGUUCACGUCACCUCCACACACUCCAGGUCCACGUCACCUCCACACACUCCAGGUCACCUCCACACACUCCAGGUCCACGUCACCUCCACACACUCCAGGUCACCUCCACACACUCCAGGUCCAUGUCACCUCCACACACUCCACACACUCCAGGUCCACGUCACCUCCACACACUCCACACACUCCAGGUCCAUGUCACCUCCACACACUCCAGGUCCAGGUCACCUCCACACACUCCAGGUCCACGUCACCUCCACACACUCCAGGUCCAGGUCACCUCCACACACUCCAGGUCCAUGUCACCUCCACACACUCCAGGUCCAGGUCACCUCCACACACUCCAGGUCCAUGUCACCUCCACACACUCCAGGUCACCUCCACACACUCCAGGUCCAUGUCACCUCCACACACUCCAGGUCACCUCCACACACUCCAGGUUCAUGUCACCUCCACACACUCCAGGUCCAUGUCACCUCCACACACUCCAGGUCACCUCCACACACUCCAGGUCCAUGUCACCUCCACACACUCCAGGUCCAUGUCACCUCCACACACUCCAGGUCACCUCCACACACUCCAGGUCCAUGUCACCUCCCACACACUCCAGGUCACCUCCACACACUCCAGGUCCAUGUCACCUCCACACACUCCAGGUCCACGUCACCUCCACACACUCCAGGUCCAGGUCACCUCCACACACUCCAGGUUCACGUCACCUCCACACACUCCCACACACUCCAGGUCCAGGUCACCUCCACACACUCCAGGUCCAUGUCACCUCCACACACUCCAGGUCCAGGUCACCUCCACACACUCCAGGUCACCUCCACACACUCCAGGUCCACGUCACCUCCACACACUCCAGGUCACCUCCACACACUCCAGGUCCAUGUCACCUCCACACACUCCACACACUCCAGGUCCAUGUCACCUCCACACACUCCAGGUCCAGGUCACCUCCACACACUCCAGGUCCACGUCACCUCCACACACUCCAGGUCCAUGUCACCUCCACACACUCCAGGUCCAGGUCACCUCCACACACUCCAGGUCCAUGUCACCUCCACACACUCCAGGUCCAUGUCACCUCCACACACUCCAGGUCCAGUCACCUCCACACUCCAGGUCCAGGUCCAUGUCACCUCCACACACUCCAGGUCCAUGUCACCUCCACACACUCCACACACUCCAGGUCCAUGUCACCUCCACACACUCCAGGUCCAGGUCACCUCCACACACUCCAGGUCCACGUCACCUCCACACACUCCAGGUCCAGGUCACCUCCACACACUCCAGGUCCAUGUCACCUCCACACACUCCAGGUCACCUCCACACACUCCAGGUCCAUGUCACCUCCACACACUCCAGGUCCACGUCACCUCCACACACUCCAGGUCCAGGUCACCUCCACACACUCCAGGUCCAUGUCACCUCCACACACUCCAGGUCACCUCCACACACUCCAGGUCCAUGUCACCUCCACACACUCCAGGUCCACCUCCACACACUCCAGGUCCACGUCACCUCCACACACUCCAGGUCCAGGUCACCUCCACACACUCCAGGUCCACGUCACCUCCACACACUCCAGGUCCAGGUCACCUCCACACACUCCAGGUCCAUGUCACCUCCACACACUCCAGGUCCAUGUCCACCUCCACACACUCCAGGUCACCUCCACACACUCCACACACUCCACACACUCCAGGUCCAUGUCACCUCCACACACUCCAGGUCACCUCCACACACUCCACACACUCCAGGUCCAUGUCACCUCCACACACUCCAGGUCCAUGUCACCUCCCACAUCCUCCACACAUCCAGGUCCAUGUCACCUCCACACACUCCAGGUCCAUGUCACCUCCACACACACUCCACACACUCCAGGUCCAUUCACCUCCAUCCACACUCCACAGGUCCAUGUCACCUCCACACACUCCACACACUCCAGGUCCAUGUCACCUCCACACACUCCAGGUCCAUGUCACCUCCACACACUCCAGGUCCAUGUCACCUCCACACACUUCAGGUCCAUGUCACCUCCACACACUCCAGGUCACCUCCACACACUCCAGGUCCACGUCACCUCCACACACUCCAGGUCCAUGUCACCUCCACACACUCCAGGUCCAUGUCACCUCACACACACUCCAGGUCCAUGUCACCACACUCCGGUCACACUCCAGUCCAGUCCACCCUCCACACACUCCAGGUCCAUGUCACCUCCACACACUCCAGGUCCACGUCACCUCCACACACUCCAGGUCCAUGUCCUCCGUCACCUCCACACACUCCAGGUCCAUGUCACCUCCACACACUCCAGGUCCAUGUCACCUCCACACACUCCAGGUCCAUGUCACCUCCACACACUCCAGUCCAUGUCACACCAGUCCACUCACACACUCCAGUCCAUCCUCCACACACUCCAGGUCCAUGUCACCCCAUCCACACACUCCAGGUCCACGUCACCUCCACACACUCCAGGUCCAGGUCACCUCCACACACUCCAGGUCCAUGUCACCUCCACACACUCCAUCCAGUCAGCCUCCACACACUCCAGUCCAUGUCACCUCACACACUCCUCCAGGUCACCUCCACACACUCCAGGUCCAUGUCACCUCCACACACUCCAGGUCACCUCCACACACUCCAGGUCCACGUCACCUCCACACACUCCAGGUCCAGGUCACCUCCACACACUCCAGGUCCAGUCACCUCCACACACUCCAGGUCCACGUCACCUCCACACACUCCAGGUCCAGGUCACCUCCACACACUCCAGGUCCAUGUCACCUCCACACACUCCAGGUCCAUGUCACCUCCACACACUCCAGGUCACCUCCACACACUCCACACACUCCACACACUCCAGGUCCAUGUCACCUCCACACACUCCAGGUCACCUCCACACACUCCACACACUCCAGGUCCAUGUCACCUCCACACACUCCAGGUCCAUGUCACCUCCACACACUCCAGGUCCAUGUCACCUCCACACACUCCACACACUCCAGGUCCAUGUCACCUCCACACACUCCAGGUCCAUGUCACCUCCACACACUCCACACACUCCAGGUCCAUGUCACCUCCACACACUCCAGGUCCAUGUCACCUCCACACACUCCAGGUCCAUGUCACCUCCACACACUUCAGGUCCAUGUCACCUCCACACACUCCAGGUCACCUCCACACACUCCAGGUCCACGUCACCUCCACACACUCCAGGUCCAUGUCACCUCCACACACUCCAGGUCCAUGUCACCUCCACACACUCCAGGUCCAGGUCACCUCCACACACUCCAGGUCACCUCCACACACUCCAGGUCCAGGUCACCUCCACACACUCCAGGUCCAUGUCACCUCCACACACUCCAGGUCCAUGUCACCUCCACACACUCCAGGUCCAUGUCACCUCCACACACUUCAGGUCCACGUCACCUCCACACACUCCAGGUCCAUGUCACCUCCACACACUCCACACACUCCAGGUCCAUGUCACCUCCACACACUCCAGGUCCAUGUCACCUCCACACACUCCAGGUCCAUGUCACCUCCACACACUCCAGGUCCAUGUCACCUCCACACACUCCACACACUCCAGGUCCAUGUCACCUCCACACACUCCAGGUCCAUGUCACCUCCACACACUCCAGGUCCAUGUCACCUCCACACACUCCAGGUCCAUGUCACCUCCACACACUCCAGGUCCAUGUCACCUCCACACACUCCAGGUCCAUGUCACCUCCACACACUCCAGGUCCAGGUCACCUCCACACACUCCAGGUCCACGUCACCUCCACACACUCCAGAGCGACUGA